AUGAGCGAAAUAUUAAGCGCAAAUUACACGAAGGAAAGCACUCACAAGUGCAUGCGUAAGGUGAUGAUUGAUGGUAAUGACAAUAAUCUAGUGGAUGAACUUGUCAGAGAAGAUCUCAGUGAUUCUGAAUAUAGCAAUGAUCAAAGGCAUGAAAGAUGUGAGUCGAAGAAUGGUGUUUGUCGACCCAGACACUGUCUAACGACUUUUUCGCUUCGUUCGGUAAUUGAUGGUGAAGUGCAAAGCAAGUUUAAUAUCACAUGCCUCAUUUGUAAACGCAAAUUCGCAUGCAACGAUGCCAGGUCGACGUUUCUGGCUUAUUAUAUUUGUGACGAUUGCAUGAAGAGCGAAAAGGGGCACGCCGAAGAAUUAGAAGCUGCUUUACUGAAUAAUGAUAAAGCACGACCGGUAUCGACAGGUUGUGCCAGUGCGGAUUUAAGUGCUUAUGAUCACUGCAAAUGUCAAAACUGUAUUCGACGACAAUUUGUGGAUGAAGAACGACGAAAGGAGAUAGAAGUGCUGCAAAGAUGUUGGCAUGAUUUACGUCAGAAUAUCCGACAGAUGUUCCGCGAUGGUCUAAAUGCCAAUAUGACAUCAUCGAAAGGAAAGCGAUUCGAUGUGGACAAGAUAAAACGAAAUGUUACGAUAUUGGCUGAGAAAGAUCCUCAUCAGUUGUACAAACGAUUGGAGAGUAUCGGGCAUGAAUACGUGCUGAACCUGAAAUCAGAUGAUCUGUGGCAGAUACUAGUGGCCCCUCAAGUUGUACCCGCUCUUAUUCAGCUUUAUGAAGCCGGUGCUAGUGAGGAGCAAAUGGAACUCGAACGAGCUAAACUUUUUAUUAAAACCUUACUUGAUCGCUUUUCCUGCCAGCAGGAAACUGCAAGGAAUAUGUCACCAUUACUGGCCGUCUUAGACGAAGAUUAUCUUUCGCAGUUUGGUAUCAGCUGGAAAGUCGUAAAUCAUCACAUUUUCGACCGAGUCAUAUACCAAGAUGAUCUUUUGUUAAAUUAUCUACCCAACUUAGAAAAUAUUCUUAAGUGUAAACUGAUAGUUCAUGAUGAUGAAAAUGAAGAAGAUUUCCGACAGCGGGCGUGCACUGAAGCUAGUCGUGCGGACAUUCCCCAAGGCGCACUCGAACUUGCACAAAGUUUUCGCGUUUUUCAUAAAUUAAUGGUCACAAGCAGAGAAAUAUUUAAAAAAGCCAGUGCAAAUAUCGUGUUGUACACCGAGCAGCAAAAAGUUAUUAAUCACAUUAAGCGCAAAGCGAAAGGUGAAUUAUUAAAAGAGGAUUUGGAAUUUUUCAAAAACCAGCGAAAAAUGAUCCGCAAUAGCGUUUUGCGGAAAGGCCAGUAUUAUCAGUGGCAUGCCAAUUUAACUGCUUUUGGAGAUUUAACUGAUUUAAUAGAUGAUGAGUGUGACAAUAGCGGUUCGGAAACUGACGAUGUUAAUGUGUCGGAAAGAUUACAUGAACUCAUUGGAGAGGGACCCGCAACUUCUGUUUGCAUUGAUGAAAAUGACGAAGUAUUGCCUUGCGUGCGAUGCAAAAGGUGCACUCUCCGACAUUGCUCUUGUGAUGAAUGUCGAAUUUCGCAUAUUAUCACUUGCGGCUUACUAAUUGAAAGCGACGAUAUAAGUAAUUUAAUAUGGCCCGUGAGCCAGCCUGUGAGUGAUUGUUCUGAAAAAAGUGAUGGCAGAGAUUCGGAUUCAGAACAGUCGGAGCAAAAAAAAUCGUCUCUUCCACACGUUAAGCGUUUACCCAGUCGCAACCUACGAUUUCAGACUGCCAAAGCGUUGUUUACCGUACAUGACCAUCACAGUAAAAAAGAAACAGCUUGGGGCGAUUGGCAAGUACCAUAUGGUUACACAGAUGAUAUCGAUUAUCUCAGCCAUCGUUUUUAUGAAAAGAAAGGCAUGCGCAAUGGCUUUGGUUCAUUAAAUAAUCGGACAGACGAAGAGGAACAUGCAACUGACAGUAGUGAUUCACCUGACUUACUGAAUACUGAGAAAUAUCAAGAAAUUGUGAAGGAAGCAUUGGAACUGAUGGCAAGGGGACACAGAAUAGGAUCGUCACCGAAUUGUGAAUUUGAAACUGAUGAUAUAUCAAGGACUUCUUCAGUUAUUGGUGAUGAGAAAACAAGCAUAAUCGACGAAGGCGAUGAUAAACGUGGAGUAAAGAGCUCGUUUUUAAUGAAGGCGAAUCUUCGCUCAGAGGGAAAGUCUGGUUUCACAAUUGCAUCGGUGAGUAAUGUAAAUGUAAAAAGAUUCAAAAUAAAGAAAGCGAGAAGUAAUCCAACAGGGGAUAGUGAUGGAACAGAAUCUGAUUAUGAAACAUCUUCGGCAUCAUUUCCAGGAUCGAAUGAAUGCAUGGACAGUUGUCAUCUCUUGGGCCCAGAUAGGCUGCUGCUGAAGGAAAUGACUCGACGACAUUACGCCGUUCUCUCGAAAGAUAAUGCCGUAAGUGAUUUGGCGCUGGAGCUUUUUGGACGAAAAACGAUGGGAAAACCGCAAAUGAUGCGCAAAACUGGGUUAACGCCACCAGUUUCACGACUAAUCAGGAAGAGUAAACUUGUAUCCGAUAAAAACGAUGCGAAUAACGGAGGCAUUUCAGCAGUGAAAUCCCUUUCGGCGUCUGCUCGUGAGCGGUUGCUUAAUGAAGUAAAAGGUAUGGAUAAGAAAGUUCGCGAAAGAACUUUAUUGCGUUUAGUUCAAUCGUAUGAAGAUGAACAUUGGAUAACAAAAUCCUCCGAGGAUUAUAAGGGCCGACUAUUAGAAAGUAUGAGGGAGUGUUUGUCCAAGGACUGGAUGAAAGAAGAUGAAGCUAUUGACCUCAGAACUAUUGUCAAAGAUGAGAACUACGAUUCAGCGCGGAAAAUUCUUAGUCGAAAUUCGACUGUAAGAACUUGUCACCAAGAAAAAACAAAUAGAGAAAUGAUAUACAUUCCAGAGACCAGAACGAUGGUUAGUUUUUCUACGGCCUCGUCGGAUUCAGUAAAUAAAAAGGGAAAGUCGUCAAAAAAAAUCGAGCAAGAUGACUUGGCACAACUUUGGUCGAAACAAACAUUGGCUGCUGCCAUCGCUAAGCAGUUGACAGAACAAAGAACUAUCUUCGAUAUUAGCAAGGCAUUCAACGUCGAAAAGCAAAAAGCGGCGCAAACAUUACCCAGCAAGACGGGUAAACAUUUGGAUACAACGUCUAAUUCGACAGCAGCUAUUGAUUUUAGCGUUGAUUUGGGUGAAUUUGAUAUUAAUACUUUUCCUGAAGAAGUACGAAAAUUACAUGAGGAGGGAAAGCUGAAAAAACUUCUAAAGCAAGCUGUCGGACUGAGGCAAAAUAAAACAGGUGUAUCCGCUAAAGUUGAUUGUAAGUACGAUGAUGGUAAGCGAGUUGAGAAUGAGUUCAGAGUUUCGAAGGAAGAAUUUUUUGGCUGUCAGACAGAUAAUAUCGAUGAUCUGACAGAUGACGAUGACGAGGGCACAGAUGAAGAAUGGAGUGAUUGCGAAGCGCCCGAUAAACAGCAUCCACAUCGUCAUCAUUCUUGCGAUAAUAAAGCAAAAAAUAAAAGGGCAGCUUCUGGAACAGGUCGGGAUGGACGACAUGGGCACUGUGAUUGUUGUUAUUGUGAGAUGUUUGGACAUGCCGCUACAGAGAAUGUUAAAUCAGGCCGUGCUCAGAUAAGGGAACGGCUUCGGAUGAAGUUGAAACGCCGAACUGUGCAGGAGCACCCUGGAACAGACACAAAAAAUCUAGAGGAAAAGUUGGUCUACGCUACUGCUAAUGAGAAAUCUAAAAAAUCGUCCGCUGUUAUUCCUGACACGCCUAUUGAAGAAAUUUUGGAUUACAUUAACGAAAAAGAUAUUGCAGCGGCACAAGCUGCAGCAAGUAAAGCUGCUAAACGAGCUCGACAGAAACUCCGAAAACAAGAAGAAAAGGAAAGACAGGGCAGAGAACGAAAACUCAAAGAAGAGCAAAAGAAAGUUAUUGAAGCUGAGCUUCUAAAGAAGAAAAAACAGGAUGUAGCUCAACAAGAGGUGAAGAAAGAAAAACAGAACAAGCCUGAAGCAAAGAAAAAGAAAGCGGAUCGAGUACGAGGAAAGAAACAAAAAGAUGCUCACGAUCGAAAAAAAGAAAAUGGACAGCAAUCAGAAAGUCAGGGAGUUGAACUUCGAAAGGAACCAGUUUUGGAGUUUGAGUAUUGGAUUGAUCCAAAAUGUGGUCCGAAACUCAAGCAGUUGGGAUCAACAAAGGAGCAAAUCGGUACCUCCAAGAUUGGACGAUCGAAAACACAGAACAAGGAAGAGUUGAAAAAAAACGAUGUUCCAAAGCGAUCCGAAUUAGAAGAAAAAAGAGAAAAUGAAAAAGAAAAUUCAUGCGCGAAGGAACAGACUGUAGAAGCGAAUUUAGUGGUAAAAAAGGAUAACAAUGGUUCUAAAAAUGAAAAUAGUGCGGUUAAAUCUGAAACGACGUUUUCAGUCAACUGCGCAGCAAUGUUUUUAAAAACAGAAGACCACGAAAGCAAAGGAGUAGGUUUUGAUAUUCAGCCAGCUGUAAAGCUUCCACUAGACGAGGAAUCGGAUGCCCCUUCAGCAGCUGUAACAGUGAAUGAAGCUUCUACAGUUCUGUCCGAAGUAGAACUCAGAUCUCAUCCUCCAAGCGUAAGCUACCCGAUCACAGAACGCCCUUCUAAAAUGCCUCCGCUUCCUAAAAUAAAUCUUUCUGAUAUACCACAAAUGCGACCUGGUGGGCUUAGUAACACAAAUAUAUCGCAGAAACUUCCUUUCCCUGUCUUACCAGUACCUCCCCCUUCACAAACGAACACCUUGAGCUUUGGGACUUACCAGGGCGGAGUUGGUUAUUACACAAAUUUUGGGGGACAACCUCAAGUUUACCUUAUUAAUGGAUUAAAUCAGUGUGUCGUAUCUUCAUCGAACCAAAGUGUUUCCAUAUUGUCAGCAGCAAGCGCUAACUUUGCGCACGAUCCGGUUUUGCAACCACUACGAACUCAUCCAUCGCUUGAAGCAAGGACCUGUCAAAUUGCAAUAAAUGAUAAAGCUCAUAUAUCUGGUCAAUAUCCAAUUCCACCACCAGUUAAUGCACCACUAACAGAUAUGUUGCAAAGAGGACCAAUCUCUUCGAUCCCUGUACUUGAUGCUAAAUCGUUCCAGACGGCCACAAAUUUUUCCUGCUUUGGUUUUCAGAAAUUGCCGCGAUACGCGUCAGAAACGUCUUCAUUAUCAACACUGGCCUCAUCCGUAUCAUCUUCGUCUUCCAAACCAUCUCUCUCUGGUCCACCAUUCUCAGUGCGUGACAUGGAUGUCUCGUUCAAAGGGAACCAUAAUACAACUCAAAUGCCAUCUCUUGGCGCUAUGAAUAUGCCUUUACAAAAUAAUUUAUGCAAUAAUAAUGGCACAGCACAAAAUUUUCUGAGUACCAAAACCAACACCGCUACACAGGGAUUUACGCUUCUCGAUUCCUACUCUUGUCCGAAACAUCGUUCAUCAAAUGUUGCCAUUCCUCUAAAUAAUGUGAUUUCGGAUAGCUUAUCUGUGCCUACACGAGAUUUAUUGAAUUUCCCUUCUCUCGAGCAGGAUAUCGUGGCUACCAAAAUACAGAAGUCUCCACAGUACAUAAACACCGAAUUUCUGGUCAGUCAUCGAAAUGGUAUAAUGAGUACCACGGGAAGCGUAAACAACACGGCGCAAUCGAACAAGAUUGGAACUGGUGGAGCUUUGCCUGGUUCCAGUCAGUUAACAGCAGCAGUCCGUGCAAAAAGAAAUGAGGCAUGUAAAACGUUUCUUUCGUCAUCCAGUCCAUUGGCGGAUUAUGACUCGGAAACUCGAAAACUUGCGGCUUUCGCGAAAGAGGGCGAGAUUCCCCACAACCAGAAUCCGAUGAUUUUUGAACCAGGUGAUCCACGCAUUGCCGUCGCAAUCGCAGAGAUGAAGUUUGACCCACAUGAAGCAUUCAAACCGCGUCCUGAUAGUGAAUUGGAGUUUCUCGACCCUCUUGAGUUGGAAGUGGAACAUUUCAAGCGUGUGCUGUGGGAAGAGGAACAGUUAACGAGACCUCGCGUCCCAUUGCGAGAGCUGCGGAAGAUUGACCCCGAGAAUGAACCGAAUGCCGUGUUUCAUUUUGCUCCUCUUGUAUAAGUGACGACGCGUAGUGCUACAGCCUUUUUUCACCAAUCGCAUGAUCACGGUUGCUUUGUUCUGUUGUUUUUAUUAGCAGAUUUUGUGUUUAAUAUUCUUCCAUGUUUUAUUGAGAAUUUAGAACAGUUCUGUGUAUUGUGCUAAUUGAAUGUUGGAAUUGUUUCCUAUUAUUUUGAAGAAGGAUUUUUCGUAUUCGC